AUGGCGCUCCCAUUCCCAUCGCCCACGUCCCUAUCUCCAGGCUUCACCAUGUCGCGAGCUACAACCGACGACAUUGACACCAUCUCCGAGCUCUAUUACGAGACAUUCAAGCCCGACCAUGGGAACUCGUUCUGGUGGCCGGCCGACAAGACCGCCAUGCUCGAGUGGUUGAAGCGGCGCGUGACAGGCAAGAUGAACGACCGCGGCGUGCGCCACUUCAAGAUCAUCGAUGCCGCGACCGGCCAUCUUGUCGCCUUCGCCAGGUGGGACGUCCCCCAGCACUAUGAGGCCAGCUUCGGAGACUGGAUCGGUGACGAGAUGGGCGGCGAGAUCGACGUCUCCAAGUUCGUGGAGAGCGAUGGGAUUGCAGGCGCUGAAAUAGGGGCGGGUGUAGAGAAGCCCGUCACCAGCGCGCCUAUUGAGGGGCCGCGGGCUGUGAUUGACUUCCCUGAUGGUUCGGACCCUGUUCUCUGCCACCAAUACUGGGACGCCAUAGCCAAGGCCUCUGCGAAAUGGUACACGAAGGACAUGCUGGGUCUCUCACUCCUCGCCACGGCGUCGAGAUAUCAUCGCAGAGGCGCAGCCACGGCUCUGAUGUUGCCCAUGCUGGCUAUCGCUGAUGCGCUGGAGCUGAAGUCGUACCUGGAGAGCACGGCGAGUGGCAGACCGGUCUAUGAGAAGCUGGGGUUUCGCGUCGUGGAUAAGCUGCAUGACGGUCAUCUAUCGGUGAUGAUCCGAGAUCCAAAGCCAUUAUGA